AUGAUGACAUGGUACAAAGAAAAUGGGACGGAUAACCCGGGUUUUAUCUCAAGAUCAUGGUGGGAGGGAGCGGCCUUGUUUCUGGCAUGUCUCAACUAUUGGCAUGCGACGAACGACACAACCUAUAACGAGGAAGUCAGCAUCGCCAUGCAACAUCAGGGGGGUGCGGGAGGAGACUACAUGCCUUCGUGGGCAAUAGGCAUAGGAAAUGACGAUCAAAUGUUCUGGGGCCUCGCGGCGAUCACAGCAGCAGAAUAUAAUUUCCCGAAUCGGCCAACUGGUGUGACCUGGCUCACCCUUGCAGAGGGUGUUUUCAAUGACCAAAAAGAUCCAGAUGGGAAAGGAUGGGACACGACUAUUUGUGGAGGUGGUCUUCGCUGGCAGAAGGAACUCUGGCAAAGUGGUUACACCAUGAAGAACGCAGUCUCGAACGGUGGCUUUUUCAUGCUCGCAGCACGUCUCGCUUGGUUUACCCAAGAGAAGGGGUACUCUACAUGGGCUGAGAAAGUCUGGAACUGGGCUACCACUGUGAAUUUGGUCAAUGAUACACUCUGGACAGUGGCAGAUAGUGUCAGACAAGGCACUGGGGGCCCCGAUGGCUGUAGUCUUCCUGACAACACUCGAUGGACCUACAACUAUGGUGUCUUUGCGUCCGGCGCUGCUUAUAUGUAUGCAUAUACAAACGAUACUAAAUGGCUUAAUAUCACAAACAACCUAGUGGACGCAAUCUUUACUACAUUUUUCCUACCCCAACACGGAGGCGUGAUCACCGACUGGGAAUGCGAAGCAUCAGGUCGAUGCUAUCUAGACGCGAACGGUCCACUUUUCAAAGGCCUUACGGUGUCAUGGCUUGCAGAUAUUGCAAUGAUCAUCCCGUCUAUGAAGGACAAGAUCCUACCAAAACUCCAAGUUUCCGCCGAGGGUGCCGCAAACUCAUGCACUGGAAACAACGACAACCUUUGCGGGAACCGCUGGUACGGCGGGCUCAUCAUCAAAACCAGUCUCGACUGCAACAGGAGGAAACGGGACAAGUGA